ACUAGGGACACACGCAGAAAUGUAUGAGAGGACCGCGUAGUGUCUGCAGCUGGUGUCCUGUUCAGACUGCAGGGAUGAGGGGUGAUAUGCGAUUUACUGUGAGUGGUUGAAGUGCAAAACUCGCUCGGCUCGUCUCUGCGUUAUUUCCAACUUGAAAAAAAUAAGCUGCGAGGCAGCAGAAAUCAUGGUCAUCAUCACAAAAGAAAGCUCCAGCAGGGUGCCCACCAGGAGGCCCGGUCAGAGUUUGGGAUCAUCUCUGUGGAUGAACUGAAUGUGGCUCGGGGAGAGAGCCAGCGCCGCGCAGAAGAGUGAACGACGGGAAAAGAAGGAAAGCGAAGCCGUGUGUGUUUUCAUAAGCGGAGCUCGGCCGUGGGAGCAGAGUGGGGGAUGUCGGGCAGAAGUGGAGGAGCGCCUCGGGGGUGCAGCAACCCCAGCCUGCAGCCCCUCAAAGCCACAGUCCCAUACCAGCUCCAAAGGGGCUCAGCUCUCCUCUGCAGAGAGGUCAAGACGGCUGACAGGACCACGGCUCGUCCUCCGAAACCCACCAUCCGCAGAACUCUGUCUUUGGAUGCCAUCGUUGGACCCUAUCUGCAGGGACAGUGGCCCAAAGAGACAGAGACUACAGCUGUUACCUGUGUCAAUGACAAAGCCACACAGACUCCAAGUUCCUGGGCAGAGGACACCAAGGGAAGAAGAAGUGUCGGUGGACACAAGCGCUCAGCUUCGUGGGGCAGUGCAGAGCACCUGAGGGAGGUGGCCAAGCUAAGGCACCAGCUGCAGAAGCGCUCCCGCCAUGCCCCUCCCUCGGCGGGGUACGAGCUCCCCCACCACCCCUUGCCAGCAGGUCAUGCAGCAGGCAUCACUCAGACUAUACCCCUGACGCCACUGAACAGACUCGCCCCGCGACUGCGACGUAGUGUUGAAGGCCUCAACCUGGAGCUGGAAGAGGUGUUUGUGUCCGAGAAACCCAACGAUCAGCAUGAGAUUUUGGAUAUCCCAGACGGCCACAGGGCUCCUGUUCCUGCCCAGAGAUGCAGUAGCGGCUCUCAGAGUGAGCCCUCCCCGGGGCCCCUGGAUCCUUCCUUCCUCUCUCCUUCUCAGUCCCCUUGUCCUCUAGAUUCAUCACUUCUGUCGCCUUCAAAUUCCCCUUGUGCCUUGGACCCACUGCUUUUGUCUUCAUCACAGUCUCCCUGUCCCAUGGGAGAGCCAGAGCCAGUGGACUGUGAGACCCUGUGUCCCUCUCCAUCUACACUGCUUCCUUCAUUUGCACUGGAUCCUCCCCUGCUGCAGCCCUGCUCCUCCUCCCCUCGUCCCAACAAAACCUACUCCUUCCAGCGCGAACCGCCAGAAGGCUGUGAGCGAGUUCGAGUAUGUGAGGAAGCAAUGUCUGCUUGUCAGGAUGAGCCUCUGCUCCAGCCAUCCUGCCCUGACCCCAAUAAAGUCAACUUUACCCCGCACGGAGGCUCUGCUUUCUGCCCUGUCAGUCUUCUGAAGCCCCUUCUGCCCUCCAUGGACCUCCUCUUCCGUGGCCUGUCAGUAUCUCCUGUCACCGGCUGCCCAGGUCAAGCCUCUCCUACCAGGCACCUGGGCAUGCAGUAGGCUGAUAUCUCAGUGGAGCCCCUCAGGAUUAAACCACACUGCACUGCCAGGACCUGGACAAGCUGGAUCUGUUUUACAUGCGGGGUGCCAACAGAUACCUGUGCUCACCUGGCUCAUCACUGCUGUAACAUGACAUGAUCACUGUGAUCAAAAUAAGAGACUUUGAGACUGUAAGCAUUUGUUUUCAUCAUACUUUAGACUAAGUUUGGCCUAAAAGUGUGGCUGCUUUAUUUCCAGGAUGUUUGGAUUCAGCUGAUAUUAACUUCAUCAGCACUUGAAUUGUCCUACUAUUCCCCUAUAUGGACUAUGGAAAAGACUACAGGACCUAAGCUCUGGACGUUUUAUGGAUGACUGAGUUUGUGAAAUUGUUCUUUCUGGAUUUUUAGUUAUGUGUCAACAGCUCAGACGAAGACUGCAUUCUGCUAGGGACGGUUUUAAUGUCAAAAACCCGAGCACUUAGAUCAUAUGUUGACAUGAAUAUUAUUUCUUGCUAUCCUUUACUAUUGAUUAAUACCCUAGUAAAGCAUGGUUAAGUUUAGAUGAAGUUUCAGCUUAGCCUGAUAGACUUCCUUGUUGAAACAGAGUACUUGAUCGAUUCGUUCCUGAAAUUUCAUAAAAUCUGUUGGUUGAAGAGAAAUAUGUUUGGCCUAUAGUUUACUCUGGCCUACUUUUCUACAAAUGUAUUUCUAGCAAGAUAUAUAUUUUUGUAUCUUUUUAAGGAAGUUAUGAGGCUGGUGAUGCUGUUUUUUGUAUUCACUAAAGAAAUCGACCUGUAUUUCUGUGUAUACUUUGAUGGUUUAUAAACAGGAAUGGGGGUUUUAUUAGCUUUACUUGCCUACACUGGGCAUUGUUCUAAACAAACUGUUGCAGUUUUGUCAACCAUUUAAGAUUUUGAGUGGGUCACACUGAGUUUGACUGACUCUGACCGCAAACAUGAUUCACUUUGUUGUGGAA